AUGGGCAACAUCGCAGUGCAAGGCACGGCCGAACCCCGCCCGGGCGCCGGCAGUGCCCGGCAGGACGCGGGCCCGCGGGGCGAUGCGGCCGCGCUCCCGGGGCCGGACCGGGGCCGCCCCGCCCCGGGCGGUGACAGCGUGAGGGGCCCGGCGGGGAGAGGCCCCGACCCCCCCGGCCGCCCCCUCCCUCCGCCCGGCCACAGCCCGCGCACCCCCGCGGGCCCGGACCCACCUGCGCUGCAGCUCCGCGGCCACAGCCCGCGCCGGACCCUGCCCGGCCGCCGCCGCAGCCCCUGCCCAGCGCGGCGGCUGCUCCCGCAGCUACCGGCGCCCGCAGGCCCCGCCCCGCCCCGGGCUCCCCCCAGCGGACAGCAAGGCGCGUUAACCCGACCUCCCCCCGCCCCGAGCGCGGCCCCUCACCUGCCUGUCAGCCCGCGGGGAGGGGACGGCAGGGCAGGACAGGGGACGGGCGAAGCUGCCCGCGCCCGGCUCCGCUCGGUUCGGCUCCGCUCCGCUCCCGCCGCUUCUGCUCCGCCGCUCCCUCCCGCGCCGCCGGCGCGAGACACGCGCAGGCCCCGCCCCCCCGGCGCGCGCGCUCGCCGCGCGGGGCUUCCCUCGGCCCGGCCCUCCCCGCCCCGCCCCCGGCGCGCGUCACCGCCCGCGCGCGCCCAGCGGGGAAGUUUGGCCGCUCUCCGGCGCCGUAGCGGCCGCUCCGGGCGGGAACUGCGAACAGGCCGCGGCGGGGCCCAGGUACGGCGGGGGCUGCGGACCGGGAACCGGGCAUCGAACCUGGCACCGAACCGGGCACACCCCCUACGAGCGGCUGCUGAGCGGCCCCCCACGGCGGGCCAGGGCCCUGCGUGA